GGGCCGGGCCGGCGCUCCCCUCGCUGGCAGCGCUCGCUAAGAUGGCGGAUUUCCUGCCGUCCCGCUCCGCGCUGUCCGGCUGCUUCCCCGGCUGCCUCCUCACCAGCGGCGAGGCCGAGCAGCAGCGCAAGUCCAAGGAGAUCGACAAGUGCCUCAACCGCGAGAAGACCUACGUGAAGCGCCUCGUCAAGAUCCUGCUGCUGGGCGCGGGCGAGAGCGGCAAGUCCACCUUCCUSAAGCAGAUGCGGAUCAUCCACGGGCAGGACUGGGACCGCGCGGCCCGCGAGGAGUUCCGCGCCACCAUCUACAGCAACGUGAUCAAGGGUGUGCGAGUCCUCGUGGAUGCCAGAGAGAAACUCCAUAUCCCUUGGGGAGACCCUGCCAACCAGAGCAACGGGGACAAGGUGAUGGCUUUCGACACCCGCGCRGUCACCGUGGUGCAGGGCAUGGUGGAGACGGGUGUUUUUUUAGACUACCUGCCGGCCAUCCGAGCCCUGUGGGCUGACAGUGGCAUCCAGCACGCCUACGACAGGCGCAGGGAGUUCCAACUGGGGGAAUCUGUAAAGUAUUUCUUGGACAACUUGGAUAAACUUGGAGAACAAGAUUACCUUCCCUCACAGCAAGAUAUCCUGCUGGCACGAAGGCCGACCAAAGGCAUUCACGAGUACGACUUUGAAAUCAAAAAUGUCCCUUUCAAGAUGGUCGAUGUGGGCGGCCAGAGGUCGGAGCGGAAGCGGUGGUUCGAGUGCUUCGACAGUGUCACAUCAAUAUURUUCCUCGUGUCCUCCAGUGAAUUCGACCAAGUGCUCAUGGAGGACCGGCAGACRAAUCGCCUGACGGAGUCCCUGAACAUUUUUGAAACAAUAGUCAACAACCGGGUGUUCAGCAACGUCUCCAUCAUCCUCUUCUUAAACAAGACGGACUUGCUCGAGGAGAAAGUACAGAAAGUCAGCAUCAAAGACUAUUUCCCAGAGUUUGAAGGGGAUCCCCACUGCUUAACAGAUGUCCAAAAAUUCCUGGUGGAUUGUUUUCGCACGAAACGCCGGGACCAGCAGCAGAAGCCCCUGUACCACCACUUCACCACUGCUAUUAACACAGAGAACAUCCGGCUAGUUUUCCGUGAUGUUAAGGAUACCAUCCUGCACGACAACCUCAAGCAGCUGAUGUUACAGUGAUGUGCAAAGAGACUUUUUUAUUUCAGUAACUCUUGUGUGUUGUUUUUUUAACUAGAAGUUUACAGCAGGAGUAGAGAAAUCCAGAUCCUGUCAGACUUCUUGAUAUGUGGCUAAAAGCUGCUGCUGAACACAUUAUUGCCAAUUUCUGCAGAAAUUCAGGCUUAAUCUCUUCCAGUGUAGCUUCAAGUUGACUCAAGUUGUAAUUUUAUAGCAGACCUAUGCCUAAGUUACCUGUAAAGUGGUAAAUUUGACCUUUUACAAACACGUGUAUUAUCCUAGAAAAUCCAGAAUUCCAAGUCCAAACUUCAAUGAAAWUGUUACAAUUAUUAGUCUGUGGCAGUAAUUUAAGGUGGGGUGGGGGGGAGAAUCUUUUCACAUCWAACUUCAUUGUGAAGACUGUGAUACCGUAGCUGACUUAUGAUUUCUCAGGUCUAUUUUUGGUUAGAAAUCCCAUAAAUCCCUUGCUGGAAUCAUCUCUUUGAAGCGCAGGUUCCUGGCUGUAACUUACUUCCUUUUUAAGUAUAAAUCACGGCGUUGGGUUGGAAUAGGAGAUGCUUUUAAAAAUACUUAAAAUUGGGAGUUUCAGACAUAUCUAUCAGGAAGUGCUGAGUGCAGUGGUGCUGGAGCCAUGGCAAAGCACAGAGCACUCUGAUCAAUCCUCUUGGCAUUCUGAUGUGGGAAGAGGGAAGCAAGCCCAGCUUGUGUUUUUUAUCUUCACUGAGCAGAUGUUCCCUAUGGGUGACAUGUCACCUGUGGGUCACCUGCACCUGAAGAGCUUUAACUUAGCACUGGUUUAUUUGAACUCCCUGCCUCCUUGCCAGAGCCUCCUGUGAGUCAGGAGYGUUUGGUGAUGGAGAGAAGGACUUGCAAACCUAAGUGCCUCCUUGUGUUCUGUCCUCCUCUGGCAUUUUCAGUGGCCUUAUGAAUUCCCAGCAGAGGCCUUGUGUAGCUGACACCGUGCAGAUGAAUGUUUUCCUCUAAAAAAAUUUUAAAAGUGUCCCAGCAGAAUGUGCUUCAGCUGAUGAGGUUCUUUUUGAGACUUUCCAGUUGGGUCUAAGCAAUCCUAAGUGUACUUGAGCCAAAUACGUUGCACAGCAUCUCCCAGARUGCUGCUUGUGACUAUUUUACCCAAAGUUCUAGUGCAGUUUUGUUUAUUUUUCUUAUGGGAAGUUGUUAGCAUUGCCAUGUGAUAAAAAAWRAUGAUAAUAAUAAUAAUAAUAAAUAGUGAAAAUAAAGCAAUCCUCAUGUACCCCACAGCACACUGCAAAAAGAGAAUGAGAUUGUGGUGUAAAAAUCAGUGUCCCUACAGUGUUUCUGCCAGGCUGUAGUGUCAUGUGGGCAGUUCAGCUGCCAUUUGCCCCAUGGAAUUGGCCAGUUCCUGUGGAUCAUGCUGGUGGCCAAUCCUUCAAUACAUUUUUAUUCACAUCCCACAAGCAGGGGUGACGUGGUGGUGUCRCUGCUGGGAGCAGUGGCCCUGCUAGGACAUAGGAAAGCUGCCUGUCUGCUGAACUUAGCCUUUACUUACUGUGAUUGUAAGUUGUAUUAACAUCUCUGUACCUCGUUCUCCUGGCAGUAGAAGGGGAAUAGUGUAUUUUUAUUUAGUUAGGUGCUUUGAAAGACCUCUAUUUUUUUAUAUCAUCCAGUGAAUAGUCAUAGGUUAGUCUGCGAUUCUGGCCAUCAGGCGAGGAAAGAAUUCUGAAAAGAGCUUGGGAAAAGUCACAGUGCAGAGUCUGAGCAUAAUCCAAAAGUCAGCACUGAUGUCAGGAGGAUUAGUAGAAUUGUGGAUGGGGAUAUUUAAUGUAGAUUUUGCCUCUACUGGACAUGGAUUAUUUCUGAUCUGGUGUGUUCAGGUUAUAUGUGAGCAAUACAAGAAGGAGGAUGAAGCAGAGACCUCAGGAAAGAGUGGUGAGGCUCUUUCAAGGACUGGACAACACACCUGUGAUGGGAGCAGAGGUUCUUCUUUUCCCUCUUCAGAGUAUUCUGGUUGAUAUGGCUGGGCUAUAAAUGCUCCAUGAGCAGACACAAACCUCUGGUGGCCUCCCAGUCCUGGCCUGGAAAGCAGAAAACAAAUCCAUGCCUUUGGUUGUCAACAAGAGGAGGAGUUGGGWUGGUCUUUUCCUUUGCUGACAGUUGUCUGAACAAGUGUCUUUUCAAAAAAAGAGAUUUAUUUCUGAUUAAAACAAUUAAUUUGGAGAGGUCUGCAGUAGGUGUUUUGGAGGGUGUCAGACCAGAUGAUUGCAGAAGAGACUAAAGGCUGGUAGUGGAUGAUAGGGUGAGUACCAGGGAUUUGUCUCAUCUAAUUUAUGUGAAGUGUGAAUUUAUGUGAAUUUUUUGUUCAUGAAACCUGUUAAUUUACUGAAGAUCCUCAAAAUUUAUGUCAGUCUAAGGAUGUAGCCAAGAUCACCCAGGCACUGGGCACUGCUGAGCUUAGCUAAAGUGGGGGAAAUACUCAGCAGCUUCUCCCCAGAACCACCACAAAAAUCCCUGGUUUUAAUCCUUUCAGAUCAUUCUCCCUGUGAACCCCAGGGCCUGUAGGAGAGGAACAAGGGGGACCCCAAUGCUGGGUCGCUUGUAGGCCCUGGUAGAUAAAGCACUAUAUGAAUCUCAGGCAGAAAUGAAUUGUUUGAAUGAAAUAACUGAGUCAAAUCACUCGGGUUUCCCACUCCCAGUUGUUGAGAGGGGUGAGACAACGCACCUGGAUGUUCCUGUUUACAUGGUUCCUGUGUUACCCUGCAGCCAAAAACCCCAAAUCAAUGUCCUGUCCAUCUUCAGGCUCACUCCUCAUGAGCUCCCUCAGUGGAGCUCACCUUGGACUGUUGUAUUUCCUUUUAGAUUUGUUUCUAAAUAUSAUUUGUUUAUGGCAGGACAUGAAUUUGGUACAAGAACUGAAGGGUUGAUGCUCUGAACAGGCUGAGUUUUAUCCUGAAGCAACCAAAAUUACAGUUUGCUGGUGAGAGUGAAGCUUCYUUAUGGAAACCAGUCUGUGGUACAAGGUUGGGGUGUAUUCCUAGUGAAGGUGGSAAAGCAGGUAGAAAGUGAAGUUUUCCAGAAAAUCAAGUUUCCCAAAAUUCCUUAGUUCUCUUUGCUGGAGUGAGCUGUGUUCAAAAGAUCACUGACUGUAUGGAGAUUAAACCACUGUCCUGUACUUGAAGGUGAAAUCGGUGUUUUAGUGACUGUUCCCUGCUGCAGAGUGUUAAACYGAGAUGAUUGAUACCUAAAAACUGUGGCUGUUCAUCAGGGCUUUAAAAAUKUCACUGUUUUUUCUUUAUCUGUUGUACGUGGGAGCAUAAGCCAUCAGUUUGUGUGAAACCUCAGCUUUCUUCUACAAUGACAGCUCUUAAAAAAAAGUCAAGUUGAUCUCAAAGGCUGUUUAUGGGGCUCGUUUGUGAGUAGCUUUCAGUUUUUCCCAUCARCAUUAUUCCAGCAAAGUGAUGGGGGUGUUCCUGGUGGAUCCCAGCCUUUGGGAGCAGCUCCCAGUUGAGCUGUCCCAUAUGUCCUUGGCCACCAGAACAUCCCCCUGGUAAUUCCUCCUCCAGGACGGUUGCAGAAGUUUGGUUUUCCAGCACCAUUCCUGUUCCAUGCCCACGGGAAGUCUCGUGCCGAAUCGUUCACCAGUUCACUUUACAGGUCUUGUCUCUCUGAUGGUACCAUUAACAUAGUUUUUAAUUACACAGCAUUGCAAUACAGUGCCAUUUUGCAAUUUCUUUGCGUUGUACUUGAAAAUAAGUUGAAUUGCAGACUAUUUAAAACCGCUUUCCUGCGCUUUCAGUAGCAGUGAGAGCUUACCUUACAUGAAGCCUUUAUGUAAAAAUAUAUUUUAUAACAACCUCAUAGAUCUUUAACAAAACCAAGAUUUGUAUUAGCUUUGUAUAAAUGUUUGUGGCUUACAAUUUUAUAUGUUUAACUUUUUAUAAACUUUCCAGGGACUACUUUUUAUUGUAAAUUUUUUUUUCCCCUCCUUGCUUUAGUUUCAGAUUGGCAAUAAAUUAUUUCUAAGGGAGGUCUUAGAAGAAAAAGCAUCACUUCCUUUUUAUAAAAUGGUUAAAUUGAUUCAUAAUUUCGAACCUCUUACACUUGCUUGUACAUUGCUCUGUACAUACUCUCCAAAAGUGUUGCCUUUCAGCUAUUAAUAUUUGCCUUGUGUACAAAAAUUACUGACGAUGAAUAAACAUAUACAGCC